AUGGUUACAUUUAUUGCUGAUGUGAAUGGCUCAUCAGCUCAUGCACCCAUUGAAACCAGCACCAUUAAUGAUUCCAAUUCAUCUGAUAUCAUUUUGAAUGCACGACAUGUCCCUCCAUCGAUGCCCAUAGCCAUAUGCGGCAUGUCAGUGCGCCUGCCAGGCGGUAUACACUCUCCACAACAACUAUGGGAGUUUUUGCUAGCCAAACGAGAUGCUCGUGGGCCGAUUCCCAAAUCUCGAUAUAAUGCAUCUGCAUAUUUCUCCGAUGCGGCUAAGCCUGGUAGCAUCAGGACAGAGCAUGGCUAUUUUCUUGACGAUAGUAUUGAUAUCGCCACUGUUGAUACAUCAUUUUUCAACAUGGGCAAGGCAGAGGUGGAGAAAAUGGAUCCUCAUCAAAGACAGAUGCUAGAAGUGGCACGAGAAUGUAUGGAAGAUGCAGGGAUGACCAAUUAUAGAGGAAAAGCGAUCGGCUGCUAUAUGGGUAGUUUUGGCGAAGAUUGGGUGGAAGCCUUCGCAAAAGAGAAUCAACAAUAUGGGCUCCACCGUGUAAGUGGAUAUGGAGACUUUGUGUUAGCAAACCGCGUAUCAUACGAAUUGGAUUUGAUGGGACCAAGCAUCACUAUUCGAACUGCGUGUUCUGCAUCGCUGGUCGCUCUUAAUGAAGCAUGUUCGGCAAUUACGAAAGGCGAUUGCGAAGGGGCUAUUGUUGGAGGUGCCAAUCUGAUAAUGGGCCCUGGAAUGACAGCUGCCAUGUCGGAGCAAGGGGUUCUUUCACCCGACGGAUGCUGCAAGUCAUUUUCAGCCGAUGCAAAUGGAUAUGCUCGAGGUGAAGCAAUUUCAGCAAUUUUCAUCAAACCCCUUGACGACGCUAUACGUGACGGUAAUACAGUCAGAGCUGUAAUCAGAGCGACUGCGACAAAUAGUGAUGGGAGAGGUACGGGAGGCAUGCAAGUUCCAGAUGCGCUUGCCCAGGAGAAAUUGAUCAGACACGCAUAUCAGUCUGCGGGUAUUACCGAUUUAUCCCAGACCGCGUAUGUGGAAUGUCACGGCACAGGUACACCAGUUGGAGAUCCGAUCGAAGCAACCGCAGUCGGUCGUGUAUUUGGGCCACAUGGUGGGAUUCAAAUAGGCUCAGUCAAAUCCAAUCUGGGCCAUUCAGAGGGUGCAUCUGGCCUGACAUCUGUGAUAAAGUCGGUGCUCGCCUUGGAGAAUCGCAUCAUACCUCCGUCUCUCCAUCUUGGUCGGCCCAACCCAGCCAUACCUUGGGACUCAUAUCAGCUUUCAGUUCCAACAGAAGCAGUAUCAUGGCCAAAAUCACGGUGCGAGCGAAUCAGUGUCAACUCCUUCGGAAUUGGAGGAAGCAAUGCUCACGUUGUUCUUGACUCGGCGAGAAGUUUUGGACUAUCGCCAGUUCCAAUGCGUCCAACCACAACACCACAGCUUCUUUUAUACUCUGCUACCAGCGCCGAGUCAUUGAAGAAAAUAAUCUCAAAUUAUGGUGAUUUUGUUCUGAAGAACCCAGACCGAGUCAGUGACCUUGCGUUCACUUUAGCGAAUAAGCGAGAGCAUCUGCCUCAUCGCGCCUACGCCGUGGUAGAUCUCUUUGGUGGAGUUACGUCUUCAUUGACAUUCAAAACCAAUGCAGUACCCAAUAUUGCCAUGGUAUUCACGGGUCAAGGCGCCCAAUGGGCGGAAAUGGGCCGAUGCAUGUUUUGCUGUGAUACCUUCCCGGCCUUCACGGAAACAAUUCGAUCUCUCGAUCUGCAUCUGCAAACACUGUCUCAUGCUCCAACAUUGACUAUUGAAGAUGAGAUCAAGAAGCCAACGAAAUUGAGUAGCCUCAACUCUGCAGAGAUAUCUCAGCCUCUUUGCACUGCCAUCCAAAUCGCAUUGGUUGAUACUCUUGCUUCAAUCGGAGUUUCGCCGACCGCAGUUAUAGGCCAUUCAAGUGGUGAAAUUGCUGCCGCUUAUGCGGCUGGUGCAAUUGAAAGGGAUCAGGCAAUACAACUUGCAUUCUACCGUGGCUAUGUGACCAAGUUACAAACCAGGCAUGGAUCUAUGGCAGCUAUAGGGAUGGGUUCAAAAGAGGUCCAAGGAUAUCUCCAACCGGGUUUAGUUAUCGCAUGCGAAAACUCGCCUAGGAGUGUGACUCUCUCUGGUGAAACUGAGGCUGUUGAGACUGCCAUUUCGCGAAUAAAAACAGAUCACCCUGGCGUACUUGCAAGGUUACUCAGAGUUGACAAAGCGUACCAUUCCCAUCACAUGGCAGAGAUUGGUAGCUCAUAUCAUGCGCUCAUUCAAAGCAUCUCUGCUAAGGCUCCUCAAAUACUGUUCUUCAGCAGUGUUGAAGACGGCAAGCUUAUCAGAGACGCGAGCCUUGGCCCAGACUACUGGCAAAAGAAUUUGGAGUCGCCAGUGCUCUUCCGCUCUGCUGUGUUGUCUCUUCUCCGUCAUGAAAUCUCGAGGAACAUGGUAUUUUUGGAAAUUGGGCCUCACUCUGCGCUCGAAGGGCCAUUACGACAGAUUCAAUCCGAGACUUCGAACACAUCUCCAUAUUCGUCCACAUUAAUUCGAAAUAAGAAUGAUGUCGAGUCAUUGCUAGGGACCAUUGGGAAAUUGCAUUCUCUUAAAUAUCCCAUUGACCUGCAAAAAGUGAUCCCUAGUGGCUCAACUCUUCCCAACCUUCCAAGAUACCCAUGGGAUCACUCGAAGAGAUAUUGGUACGAAUCGAGACUCACCAAGGAAUGGAGGCAUCCAGCCCACCCACAUCACAAUCUUUUGGGCCGUCGUACCGCCGAGAGUACUGAUUUUGAUGUAUCCUUUCGAAAUUUGUUUCACAUGGACAAUGCACCCUGGAUGCGCGAUCAUAAGAUCGGCACAGACGUAAUUUUCCCCUUUGCAGGGUAUGCAGAAAUGAUUGGCGAAGCGUUGAAGCAGCUCAAUGAUUCUCAGAAUGGAUUCAAGUUACGGAGAACCGUUAUCAGCACUGCUCUUGUUCUUCAGGAUAAUGGGAGUCCCGUGGAAAUAAUGACAACCAUGCGUCGAAAUCGCCUCACCGAUGCUGUAGACAGCGACUGGUGGGCAUUUACGAUCGCAGCCCAUAACGGAUCAAGCUGGACAAAGCAUUGUUUCGGAGAAGCUAAAUCACAUUGUGGUGAAGCUUUUCUAGAGCAAAAGAUAACCCAGUUGGUUCGAAGGGUACCGACUAGCAGCUGCUACAGUGCCAUGGCACGAGCCGGACUCAACUACGGGCCAACAUUUCAGCGUCUGGGAGGUGUCUGUGCAGAUACCCUCAGGCAAGAAGCCACUGCGGAGAUCACGACGAGGGAAUAUGACACUCGAGAUUAUCAUUUGCAUCCCAGCAUAAUAGAUGCCUCUCUGCAACUUUACAGUGCCGCUGCGACGAAGGGAUAUGCCAAUGCCCCGGCCAGGAUGAUGAUCCCCACCAGAAUCGAAGAGAUUUUUAUCUCAUCUUGUUAUGAGAACAUUCAGUUACGAGUCUCAGCGAAGAACACACCCAACGGCUCGAUUAUUGGAAAUGGAGAAUGCGCGACUCGUGAUGGAAGAAUAGUUCUUCGCGCAUCAGGAGUCAAACUCUCUUGUGUUCAGGAUGAUCCUGCGCAGGGCCCUGAUGGCUUUGCCCGGUUAGAAUGGGGACCUCACAUUGACUUCAUGGAUGUGGCUAGCCUGAUAAAACCACCCACAUAUGAUCGAGGAGCUUACAUGGACCUGUUGACAGAACUGAGUCAUCUAUGCAUGAUCCAAUCGAGACGAGCCAUCGAAAAGUUAGAUACUCCGCUGGUCUAUAUGCACAAAUAUCGAGAUUGGAUCAAUCACCAACUUCAGUCAGCCGAUGUUCAGCAUCUGGAAGAGCUCCAAAGUGAACUCAUUGAAUACAAGAUUGAGGCCAUGAUUGGCAAUUUGGAAAAUCCCCUGGCAUCAAUGGCUGCACUGGCGAUCCAGAAGAUAUGCAGAAAUGUGCCAAGGAUUUUCACCGGAGAACUAGAGGCUCUUGACAUCCUUCUUACCGAUGAUACAUUGACGGAACUCUAUGCUUUCAUGGAUCAGUGUGAUCAGACACAGCUUGUCAGACAUUUGGCGCACCGAAAGCCUAACUUGCGCAUCCUUGAAAUCGGUGCUGGGACAGGGGGCUCUACAGCACACAUCCUCAGCACACUGACUGCAGACAAAAGAACCUUAUACUCAAGGUACACAUUCAGUGAUAUCUCGGCCGGAUUCUUCCCUGCUGCAAAGGAGCGUUUCAAUAUGUAUUCCUCCAUGGAGUACACAACUUUGGAUAUCAGCAAAGACCCAUCCGAGCAGGGAUUUGACGGUCGCAAAUAUGAUCUUAUCAUUGCUUCCAAUGUAAUUCACGCCACUUCUUCUUUGAAUGAAACACUCUGCAAUGUGCGCAAGCUGCUCGAGUCUAAUGGUCACUUUAUUCUCAAUGAGUUGGCCCCAACUCAUAAGUGGGUAAAUUACAUCUGGGGAGUCCUUCCUGGAUGGUGGUGUGGUGAAGCCGAUGGGCGGAUCGACGAGCCAUACAUCAGUAUCGAGCGCUGGCGGGAAGAGUUGACCGCUGCCGGAUUCCUGGCACCCAAUGCUGUGGUUUUUGAUGCGGAAGAGCCAUACCAGCUUGGUGCUGUCAUUGUCACAAGACCCGACCGUGAGACUUUGUCAAAGAAGCGUGUCACACUUCUGGCACUCUGCCAGUCCAGUCCUGUGACACUUCUACAGGAGGAGCUGGUCAACAGGGGAUAUGUUGUUGAUUAUCGUGAAUUAUUAAAUGACACACCCCUGCCUGCUGAGCAAGAUGUGAUCGCCAUGCUGGAUGAAGAGGUAUCCUUCUUUGAAGAUAUGGAUGACCAGCGCUUGAAUUCGUUCAAGAAGGUUGUUGAGGACCUGAAAAGUUCCAGACUUCUUUGGGUGACAGGCCUAUCUCAGAUUCAAUGUCAGGACCCACAGUUUGCCCAGAUAAACGGCAUUGCCAGGUCAAUCCGCCUGGAGACAUUGGUAGAGUUUGGUACAUGCGAAGUUGACGACAUCAGUCGUUCGGCUAGCAAGGUCAUCGACGUAUUCGAAAAGUUUGAGCUCCGCCAGGAUGACGAAAUCCUUAAACCAGACUACGAAUAUGCGAUUCUGAACAAUGUUGUUCAUGUUGGACGCUUCCAUUCUUUCAGUCCCGAAAGCGAGUUACUGCAGUCAAAGUCAGGUAAUUCUGUCGCCCUUCGGGUUGGCAAGCUGGGAAGAUUGAGCUCUUUGCAUUGGUCAUACCAGGAUACUCGAGUACUGAGGAACGAUGAUGUUGAAGUCGAAGUGCAUGCAACAGGAUUGAACUUCAAGGAUGUUCUAUGUGCUCUCGAUAUUGUCGAAGCUCCAGGAAAUGGGUUUGGCCUCGAAGCUGCCGGUGUUGUUCAUCGCACUGGACCAAAUGUGAGAGAUCUCGAGGUUGGUGAUCGUAUCAUGCUUCUUUCCUCCGACUGCUUCAGUACGGAUGUGGUUGUCUCAGAAAAAGUCUGCGAACGAAUUCCUGCAGGGCUGAGCUUUGAGGAUGCCGCAACUAUGCCUUGUGUGUUUGCAACCGCAGUUUACUCUCUUUUUGAAGUUGGCAAUCUACAAGCGGGGCAGUCGAUCCUUAUCCAUAGCGCAUGUGGCGGUGUUGGUCUUGCUGCUAUCCAGUUGGCACAAAUGGCUGGCGCCCGGAUUUUUGCGACGGUAGGAAGUGAAGAGAAGAUCAAGUUUCUGGUUGACAGAUACGGCUUGAGUCGGAAAAAUAUCUUCAAUUCCAGAGAUAUCUCGUUUGCUGAGAAUGUUAUGAAAGCCACUGACGAUGAAGGAGUCGACCUGGCAUUGAAUUCGCUCUCUGGAGAGCUGCUUCAUGCGACAUGGUCUUGCAUCGGAGAAUUUGGUAAGAUGGUUGACAUCAGUAAGCGUGAUGCGAUAGGUUUUGGCAAGCUUGACAUGGUGCAUUUCAUCCCAAACCGGAGCUAUUCAUGUGUCGAUCUGGAUCAUAUCUGUCGGAAGAGACCGAAUGUCGCGAAGAGGCUGCUCAAGCAGAUCUCUCACUUGCUCAAGGAGCGCUAUAUUCAUCCAAUUCGACCAAUCCAGAUCUUCAAGGCUGACGCCAUCCUUGAUGCGUUCCGAUAUAUGCAACAAGGCAUUCAUCUUGGCAAGAUCGUUGUAUCUAUGAGAGAUCCCCAAGGAGCUCUCACAGUACAGUCCAAUAUCCAGGUGCAACGAGCGCCUAUCUCAUUUGACUCCUCAGGUGUAUAUCUUUUGGUCGGAGGCCUCGGAGGUGUAGGCCGCUCUGUUUCUACAUGGAUGGCCGCUCACAGGGCACGCCAUCUGAUUUAUUUGUCACCCAGUGCUGGCACAAAACUCAGCCAUUGCGAGUUUGCAAAGGAGCUUCUGAGCAUGGGUUGCCACGUUGAUUUUGUGCAGGGCGAUGUUUCCAGUCUCAAGGAUGUUAUCAAAGCUGUCACGCGAUCCGAAGGACGAUUGAAGGGUAUCCUGCAGAUGUGUAUGGCGCUUGACAAUCAAACACUUACACGAAUGACUUCCAAGGAGUGGAACUUCGUCGUUGACCCCAAAGUCAAUGGCACAUGGAAUCUUCACAACGCUUCGACGAGUGCCAAUUGUGAUCUCGAUUUUUUCGUCAUGUUCAGUUCCAUUUCUGGAAUUUGUGGACAGCCUGGUCAAACAAACUAUGCGGGUGCUAACACUUUCCUUGAUGCUUUCUCCCAGUACCGUUCGAAUCUGGGACUUCCAGCCUGUUCCAUCGAGGUUGGAGCUGUUGAAGAAGUUGGUUACCUUGCUGAGCAUGAGGGAAUCAGACAGCAGCUUAGAGCAUCCAAUGCUCUUCCCUCCGCCGUGUCGGAAUCGGAGGUUCUUACUGCGUUGAAGUUGGCCAUCUCAAAGCCUCAACCAAAUAAAGGACAGCCAUCUGCACUGAGAAACAACAACAUCUGUCUUGGGCUGCGUUCAAGUAUACCUCUGAACGAUGCCAACAAUCGAUUAGUCUGGAAAAAGGACAUUCGCAUGGGCGUGUUUCACAAUAUAGAGAGUUCUGACUCUGCAGCCGGCACUCCUAUCAGUGACGAUCUGAAGUCCUUCGUCCAAGCGGCUAAGAAAGAUGCUGCUCUGCUAGCUAAUCCUGAUUCCGCUCACUUUCUUGCUGUGGAGAUCGGGAAGAAGCUAUUUAGCUUUUUGCUGAAACCCGAAGAAGAUCUGGUGACAUGGUGCUCUCUGGCAGAGCUGGGAAUGGAUUCUUUGGUCGCAAUCGAAGUAAGACAGUGGUGGAGACAAAUAUUUGAAUUCGACAUUAGCGUUUUGGAAAUGCUGGGCAUGAGUACUUUGGACGCACUUGGUCAGCAUGCGGCUACUGAAAUGUUGAAACUGUUACAUGGUGCUCAAAGUUAG